AUGCUUCUCUCAGCAUGUGUGGGCGUCGCCACGACGUUUCUCCUCCUCACGGCCCCGUUGCCGAUCCUGGCCGUCGACCAGACAACUGAUGCAAAUCUAGUUGCAAAGCUCAAGGCAGCGGCAACCAUGUACGACCGACUAAACAUGCUCUCGGACCAACAGCUGCUCUACAACUUCUCCGCCAACCCGAUGUACUCAUGGAAACCAGGCAGCGUCUGCAAUGCCAACGCCGCAACCUGGCCCGUUCUCUCAACGGCGCGAGCCACGGUGGCCCAGCUCAAUCUGGGGCCCUGCGCCAUGCUCGCCCCGCACAUCCACCGGGCAAACAACCUUGUCGUCGCUGUCAGCGGGAGCACGCACACGUACAUGGUGCAGGAGAAUGGAGCUCGUCUUGUGGAGCAGGUGCUGUCGCCGGGAAUGAUGACCAUUUUUCCCCCGGCAAGCGUACACUCGAUGUACAAUAUGGGCUGUGGGAACAAUCAACUGUACUCCUUUUUGGACGACGCCGAUCCAGGGACCUUGAACAUCGCGCAGGCAUUCUUUAUGAUGCCCAAGAACAUCGGCAUGCAAGUGAUGCCUUUCGUCAACCUGGCCGACGGCAACUGGACGGCGACGGCGCAGCAGAUCCCCGCUGUAGGCACUGGCAGUCAGGAGGGAUUCGAGGAGUGCAGGAGAAAAUGUGGCUUGGAGCAACAUAGGUUUGCUGGUGAACAUGUGGGAGCCUAG